GAAUAUAAUAUUUUGCUCAUCAGUAUGUCUGAUCGUCUCACACAACUUCAAGAUGCCGUCAAUCAGAUGGCGGAAUAUUUCUGCAACAGCGUUGGAAUCCUACAACAGAAUGCCCCACCUGGAUCAUUUGCUGGAUUAGAAAAAACUGGAAAUAAGGAGCCUGCUAUUUCAACUGAUGAAAACGUCAAACUUUUUGCUACGUUAAUAACGAGAACUGCUAAAGAUAUAAACGUUUUAGUAGACUCGUUACCAAGCGAAGAAAGUACGCCCGAAUUACAGGCUGCUCAUUUAACUCGUUUAGAGCAAGAAAACCAGGCUGCUGCUGCAAAUCUUGAAAACCUGGUGCAGAGAGGGGAACUUGAACUUAACAGAAUUCAAACUGCCUUAGCGGAAAUUGCCGAAGCCCAACUAGCUGCACGUAAACUCGAAGCCAUCCUUGUAUGUGAGAGCGAACCUGCUGUUUCUUUUCCUGUUACUGAUAAUUCAAUCGCAGAUUUUUCAGAUAUUCCGCAAAGAUGAUAUUUUUUUGCAAUGGUUAGCGAUUUGUUUUUAAAACACAAGCAGGCAGGGUGCAAUGGUUUUUGAGCAACUUCGGUGUUCAAUGAAACAUUUGGGCGAUCCAGAAGUGUGUGUACCAAUAUGGAGUUAACUGCCUACUUUACACCAAGUUGUGUAAAGGGACUGAAACCUAUGGGCAGGAGGUAUAUUCCUUUGGCUAACACAGACAGUCCCCGAACACACAAUAGAACUAAAAUGAGGGAAAUUGGAAUAAAAUUAUGGCCUAACCCUAACCUGGUACAUAUACUACGGCAGAACCAACUUUUGUGUUCAAUUUCAAUCAUACACGAGCAGAAGUUCAAGUGUUGAUAUAAUUGAAUAAUUUUAGUUCAUUUUCAUUUUGAAAUCUGAAAAAAGGGUAAUCAAAUCCUUGUUUUUCUGACCUCUUCAGUACUUCUAAAUUCAAGCUCAUUGAAAAGUAUUUCUUAUUUAUGACGAGUUGAUUUAGUAUUUAUUCACAAUUCACUAUUCCAUGAUAAAAAUAAGGUUCCAGAAUCUAUUUGACUGUCCUUUGCAUGUUAAAAAAAAAAACAGGCCAAGAUCUAGUUUUGUAAAAUGGAAUUUAGUGUAAUUCAGUUUUAUUGCAAAACAUUAUUGAGCCUGCAUACUCUUUGUACUUGUUCAUAUCUCAGGCAAUAAACAGGUGACAAUUGUUUUGUACCUAUAAAUAGAAAUAUUCUUUUAAUCAGUUUUGUAUUUAUGCACGAUGGCCUAGUGGUGAAAUCAUUAGACUUAAUAUCUGUGUUGUCAUCGCAGGUUACUAACCUCUGUUUCAAAUUCCAUGCCUAUCAUCUCACCCAGGGAGAAUGGAUGCGAAUGUCGAACUGGAAAGAUUUUAGUUCUUUCAGAAAUGUAGCUCCUCGCGUAUCGUUAAAUUUCAACUGUGCCUUGUUCUGAACGAAAGGGAUGAAGAAGCGUAUAAACAAUUGCAUGCAUACGUUAGUUUUGAGACCAUUGAAUAUAGUUUUUCACAACUGCCUUAAAAGGCAUUAAUAUAUCAUCUUGAUAUUUUUGUUAUCUUGUUUUAG